UCCCCAAGUUUGGGUGUGAUUCUGAAACCCAUGUCAUGUGAAUGCCUAUCAUACACCAAAACAAAGAUAGGCUCUCUUGAGUCUCAUAAUAAUGGCAAGUGGGAGGAGGAGAGCACUCAAAGACUCCUCCUCAACCAAGUCAAAGUCAAAGUCAUACACACUUCCCUCCUCACCCUCCCAUUCCUUCUCUUCCUCCUCCUCCUCCGACUUCGAGUUCACCAUCUCCAUCUCGCCGCGCAAAUCCUCCGCCGCACUUUGCCCUGCCGAUGAGCUAUUCUACAAGGGCCAGCUCCUCCCUCUCCACCUCUCCCCUCGCAUCUCCAUGGUCCGCACUCUCCUCCUCUCUUCUCCCUCCUCCUCCUCCUCUGCCGCCGCCCGCGAUUCCACCGGCAGCACCACCAGCACCAACUCCUCCUCCUCCUCCUCCUCCUUUGCCAGCGACCUCGCCCUCUUCCCCGACUGCGACUCCUCCCGCCCUAGCUCCGUGACCGACGACGACGAGCUCAAGCGUCUCCAUAACCCUUCCAAGGAGUAUCCUCACUUCCAAAUCAAGAAGAACCACCCUAAUAGAUACUUCUCCUUCUCAAGAUUCUCCUCUGUUUUCCGCAAGGACACCACCACCACCACCAACAACAACAAAGUGUGCGAGACGGAGCAUCACCACCAUGUGGCUGCUUCUUCUUCUUCCUCCUCCGUGAAGCGAAUGAGCGCCACUGCCAGAGAUGUCAUAAGGAAGUACUUGAAGAAGGUGAAGCCUCUUUACGAGAAGCUUUCGCAGAAGCAACAGAGAACCGGGGAGUUGUUAGCGGAGGGCGGUGGUGCGAGUGUGAAUGCAACGACGACGACGUCUUCGCGCACGGUGUUGUCUCUGUUAACGACUAUAACAGAGAGAUCCAAAACAGAAGGUGGUUGCAGUGGGAAGAGAGGGAUGAAGGAGAACGUUUCUGGUGUUCUGUCUCAUUCUUUCUCCGGGAACCUCAGGUACCCUCGCAAGAGGAGAAGCUGCGUCUCCAGUUGCCCUUCUUCCAUGAGAUCGUCUCCCAGUCAUUCCGGCGUGCUCUCUCAGGGCGGCGCCAGAGCAGGGAUGCAUUUCGGGGACUCUUCUUCCAUGGAAGAGUUGCAGAGCGCAAUCCAAGGCGCAAUCACACAUUGCAAGAACUCUUUGAUGCAGAACAAGCUUGACACUACUGGUGCAGCUCAGUAACGAAAGAGAGAGGUUUUAACUUCCAAUUUGAUCAUGCUCUUAAUUUCAUCUUCAAUAUUCGUAUGCCUUCUUAGAUCUGAUGAAUUCUGAUUAACCAACCAUCAUGUUCAGAAAACAAUUUCAGCUUCUUCCUUUUUUUUUUCCCUUGCUUGUUUUUGUCAUUUUACAUUAGAGACUUAGAUUCUAAUUGUGGGAGUGAGGUUAAAAACCUGCAUGUGACUUAUUUGGAACCUGCUUUUGGAUUUGCUAGUGUAAAAGAUAGCAUAAGCUUAAAAGUUGUAACUUUUUAUUCUGACUAUAUAAAUAAAUAUAAAUGUACCAUAUAUAUCCACCGUACCAGUGGCCUUGGAAAUUUGAGAUGUGUGUUGUGGACUAUGUUCUAUGGUACGGUAGUGUGUAUGAUAUGAUUAUUAUAACCGUGACUUCGUCGUGGUAGCAAUGUAAUUGCACCAAUCUUGGUUCUGCAAGCAAAAUUGGCAU